UUAUUUGUACGAUAAUUUACGACGCCUACUACAACGGCACGGGCGCCACACGCAGCGCCGCGCAGAAGAGGUUCACCGCGAACAGCAAUAACCCGACCGUGAAGACCACGUUCGUGAGGAUCGUGACGAUGAAGAUCGACACGGCCCGCGGCACCUUCAGCCGGUCCGAGAUCUUGACGUAGGUCUUCUCGAACGUCGGUGCUAAUCCUAAUGCGAUGGCAAACCGAAAAGGUCUCAGGAUCGACCCGAUCGAGAGGUAGUAGCCCAUGUAGUACGCGAGGAACUUCUUCUUGAGGGGCAGCCAGGUCAGCGGGUUCGCGAGGACCGCCGCGUCCGCGAGGGGCGAGAGCGCCGGGUUGGCUCUCCGAAAAGUGGCCCAGGUGAAGCUGAGGAGGAGGCAGCUGUUCACGUUGCUCACAAAACCAUAAGCGAAGAAGGCCGAGACCCCAUACUUCGCCAGGUCGCCCUUCUUGAAGGACGCCGCCUUUUUCAGUUUCGCGCGCAGGCCCGUCGGCGCCGGCGCGUCGUCGACGUCGUCGCCGGCCUCGGCGGCGGCGCGUAGCACGACUUUGUGGGACGACCGUGUUGCCGUCGCAUCGAUGGCGUGGAGUUGCCGUGGUCGCAGCGAGGGCAACUGUACCGGCCGGAGCGGGCGCGCGACGUUGAGCGCCGAGUAGGCAGCAGUGUGCAUGAUCUGCGCUAGGAGCAGCGCCUGUUUGGCGGCACCGAUGGAUGGCAUUUUCGACAGUGGAUUAUAGAACUAUUUCUUUUGUGCCGUUGCUGCUACGGAGGCGUUGGGUGCAUUCGCGUGCGCACCCCUUUGCUUUAGCACAUGCUGGGCUGCUUGCUUUGGUAUGCGCGCGAUCGGAAGGCGUCCAAAUCAUUGCUCCACUCGGUCCAAUCGGACCAAUAAGACGGCUCGUGGCUCUCAGCUUGUCCGCUAAGCUUGCAUCGUGCCAAACCCACGCUGGACCAGACAGACGCCCGCAUAUCUCUAAGCAGGCUCUCUGGCACGCCUCUCGAGCGUUUCAGUGUGGAUCCGCGAGCCCGUCCGCCUCGUCGAGCUAUUUGGCUUUGGCAAAAAACAGCAGCAAGAUGUGGCUUUACAGCGUUCAAACAGCAAACUUGACCUUCAGCAGUCGUCUACGGUCGCCUAUGAUGCGCCACGAAGCGCUCGUAUCUCGAAAUUUGCGUCACAGCGCUCGUACGCUGAGAUGUAGCACCUCCUGGAUAUCUGCUCGGUCCCGUCGUUUGAAGGCGCGCCGAGCGAAAGCGGUGGCACCAACUUGUCGCUGCGAUCACUCGUGCUGCCUGGACGGGUUCGGGCACCAAAGGAGCGCAAAAAGAGAGACUUGUGGCCGGGCGCCCGUUUCGGCGGCGGCCGCGCGCGCCGCCAUCUCUCGGGUGCGGAGGUGGCGCGCCUCUCGUUGGACGUAGGGCCGUGGCGCCGCCUCGACGCCGUCGACGCGCCACGCUCCAGACCAGAGCGCCCGCGCGCGAGCUCCGCCGGACCGCCGCGCUCACCGCACGCCCCAAAAACGCAGGCAGAAGAUCGUCGCCGCCCUCGCCCUCAGCGGCGCCUCGGCGCUCGUCGCGCCGGCCGCGCCGCGCGCGACGGUCAAGGUCCAGGAGACCAAGGCGGACCUCGAGCGCCUCUGCGCCGAGAACCCGACGGCCCUGCCCUUCGAGGGCAUCUGGGACCCGCUCGGCUGCGCCGACUUCAACUUCUGGGGCCUCGGCAACGAGGCGACGAUCGGCUACCUGCGCCACGCCGAGAUCAAGCACGGCCGCAUCGCCAUGGCCGGCUUCCUCGGCUUCUUCGUGCAGUCGCCGGGCAACUUCAUCGGCGACAUCGUGUCCGGCGACCACGCGAUCCUGCCCUACCGGGGCUACGUCGCGGGCUGCACGCCCCAGGAGCAGUGGGCGAACAUCCCCAUGAUCGGCAAGCUCCAGAUCCUCACGGCGGUGGGCAUGCUCGAGUCGUACGGCGAGGGCGCCGGCUUCCCGGAGUCGUACACGCACUACACCAAGGGCGGCCAGCCGGGCUACUACCCCCCGAUCAAGGGCAAGGGCGGCCCGUUCAAGCAGAUUUUGCUCGACCUCUACGACCCGCUCGGCUUCGGCUUCCGCGACAUGUCUGCCGCGGACAAGAAGAAGGGCCUCUUCGCCGAGAUCAACAACGGCCGCAUGGCCAUGAUCGGUCUUUUCAGCGUCCUCGCGGAGUCCGCCGUCCCCGGCUCGAACCCGCAGUACAAAAUCCUCAACAUCGACAUGCCGACGAGCGACGUCGACAUCAUGGGCUCGGUCAUCCCCCAGCUCACCUCGCCCUUCGCGCUGAAGGCGUACCCCGUGCUCGCGAUCUGCGCACUCGUGCAGCAGCAGCGCUCGCUCAAGAACUAGGCGCCCGGUUCUUGUCUGUUUCUCCCCGUUCGCGGCGGCGGGCGGGGUUUCGUAAGGUUACAUUAGUUUGA